GAAAAUUUCUUGUCGAUCUUCAAAGAAAGAAAUUGAUCAAGAGAGUAAAAAAUUUGAGGAACCAACGCGCACCCCGGGCCGAACGUCAUGAUACUCAUCCUAACGCGGUGAUGGGCAUUAAUCAUCACCAAGGUUGCCUGUCGCUUCUUUCAGACAGGGGAGUUGGCCGCGGUACCUGGCCCAAGUUACGAGCUAAUUUGUAUGGACCUUAUCAUCCUAUGGAAAAAUUGGAAGCCGAACAAUUUACUCAACUGCAAUGGUUUAACGGCAAAGUCAAAAUGUUGUUACGAAUUACAACCACUCAUAUUACGUUCGACCUCUUAUUCAAUGAAUUGGAACUCGCUAUAUUAUGGAAUCAGACAUUACCAACUCCACCUUCAUUACUUCAACCUUUUCCACAUCCUUCUCCGCUUACUUCACCUGCUACGACAACAUCACCACCACAAAUAUCACCAUACUUAAUCCAAAAAGCAUGA